AUGUCUGAACUCACACCAAUAACCUUGCCGCAAUCGGUUCCAUUCCCAGUUUCUAUAACAGCGAUUCUAUAUCGAGAUGGUGAUUUUAUCAAUCGACACAGUACUAUUUUCAAGUAUAAAUAUUGGGAUUACCAAGAUGACCCAAAUUCCAAAGAAGAAACACCACCGAAGAUUCGAGUAGAAAGAAUUGGUACUUUUGAAAGUCCAAUUGAGGGUGAAUUAACCCGCAUGAAUGUUCAUAUUCACCAGGAGAUUCCUCAUUCUGGCGUAGAGCUUUGCUCUAUCAAAGAACCAUGUGGACAUGCUGUUCAAUAUGGUGGUUUAUGUGCAUUAUGCGGUAAAUCAGUUGAGGAUGAAAAAGAUUAUUCUGGAUAUAGUUAUGAAGAUCGUGCUACUAUUGCAAUGUCUCAUGAUAACACUGGUCUUAAGAUUAGUCUUGAUGAAGCUACCAAGAUUGAAGAAAGUACCACCAGUCGACUUACAAAAGAUAAUAAAUUAAUUUUGGUGGUUGAUCUAGAUCAAACUGUUAUUCAUGCAACUGUUGAUCCAACAGUUGGGGAAUGGCAGGCGGAUCCUUCCAAUCCAAAUUAUCCUGCCGUUAAGGAUGUUCAAUCGUUUUGUCUUGAAGAAGACCCUAUAUUGCCGCCCGAUUGGGCUGGUCCAAGACCUGCUCCAACAAAAUGUUGGUAUUAUGUUAAAUUGAGACCUGGCUUACAAGAAUUUUUAGCUCAAGUUGCAAAAAAAUUUGAAUUGCAUAUUUAUACUAUGGCUACUCGUAAUUAUGCGUUAGCAAUUGCUAAAAUUAUUGAUCCUGAAGCUUAUUAUUUUGGUGAUCGUAUUUUAAGUCGUGAUGAAAGUGGAUCAUUAACUCAUAAAAAUUUGAAAAGAUUAUUCCCAGUUGAUCAAUCCAUGGUCGUUAUAAUUGAUGAUCGUGGUGAUGUUUGGCAAUGGGAGAAAAAUUUAAUUAAGGUUGUUCCAUAUGAUUUUUUCGUUGGAAUUGGUGAUAUUAAUUCGAGUUUUUUACCUAAAAAGAAUGGCCAAAUAACCGGUCCAACUAAAAAGAGGAAAACUUUAGCUCAAUUAGAAGCAUUAGAAGAUGAUAAACCCAAUGAUGAAAAUGAAAAAUCUCAAGAAAAUGACAAGGAAGAUGAACAAGAAGAAAUAAUAUCAACACAAGAUUCUGAAGCAAGUCAUGAUUCAUCGUCACCAGUGGAUCGAAUUUUAGAAUUAGGAGGUGGUGAAGAUAAUGCAAAUUUAUUAAUGGAACAGUCACUCACUAGAAAUCAAUCCUUGGAACAACAACAGCAUGAUAGACCAUUAGCUAAGCUUCAACAUAAUUUAGAUAAGAUGAUUCAUGAACACGAUCUGGAAACAUCAUCAAGACAAAAUUCAAGCUCACCAGAAGAUAGCGAUAACGAGAGCAAAGUUGAAGAAGAAGAAGAAGAUAAUCUAUUAUACGAUGAUGAUAAUGAAUUAUACAGUCUAGAAAAAGCUUUAGGAAGAAUACAUUCUCAGUAUUAUGAAAAGUAUCAAGAGUAUCAAAAGCACAAAAUUAUGGAAAAACCCGAUCUUACCACAAUUAUACCUCAAUUGAAAAGUAAAUGUCUUGAAGGGAUAACCGUUUUAUUUUCCGGGAUUUUGCCAUUAGGUAUUAAUAUUGAAACUACAGAUAUUGUCAUUUGGUGUAGACAAUUUGGAGUUAAUGUUGUUAAUGAAGUUUACUCUGAUCAAGUAACUCACGUUGUUUGUCGAGAUCCAAAUGGACAAGCAUUCAAACUGGGACUUACUUUAAAAGUUAGAGUUGCCCGCAAAAUAAUACCAAAUGUUAGAAUUGUUAAUCCCGAUUGGUUAUUUGCCUGUUUGAGUUCAUGGUCAAAAGUAGAUGAAACUCCAUAUUUAAUUGAAUGUAGUGAAGAAGACUGGCAUGUCGAAGAUAAAGAUGUCACCAAGUAUCAACGAGCCAUUGAACUGCAGAGAGCUAAAAAUGAGGCUAGAAUGUUUAAUCGUCCAAGAUUUGAUUCAGUUGGGUCAUUAGAAGAGUAUGACCUUGAUAAUGCCAACCAAGAAGUUGAUGAUUUUUUGGCAGGUAUUGACGAUGACGAUGACGAAGAAGAAGAGGAAGAGGAAGAAGAGGAAGAAGCAGAUGAAGAAGAAGACGAAUCUACAAACCACCAAGCUGGGGUAGACUCAUUUAUAAAAGAUGCAUACAAAUCUACAAAAAAGAGAAAGUUUGAUGACGAAAAUAGCCAGACCCACGAUGAGCCAGAGGUUGAUUUGGACGAACUAGAACAGGAGCUAUUGGAUGGAUUCGAAGACCUAGAUGAAGAGUAA